CUCCUCAUCAGCACCGCAUGAGCACCGAGACGCAGCCGCAGCCCGCCGAGGUGCCCGCUGCGCCCGAGGCAUCCAGCAGCGCCUCGGCCUCCACUGCGGCGCCCGCCUCGGCCAGCGCCUCCUCCUCGGCUCCACCGCUGCCCGUCUGGAGUGCCGUGCACCUCUACCUGCCGCCCAGCACCGCCGGGCCCUCUCUGUCCGAGCGCCUGGCCGCGCAGCCCGAGCCGCCGGCGCCCAGCUCGGGCGAGCUGCGCGCCGCCUUUGCCGGGGCUCUUGCCGGCCGCAGCGGGCCUGAUGCGCCGCUCAUGACACGCGCCAUGCGCGAAAAGGAGGACUUGAAGCGUAACGGGCCGCGGAAAGAGUGGACACAGCUGCGCAUUCGUCUCCGUUUCCCCUCUCGCCACCAUCUCGAGGCGCUCUUCCCUGCCUCGGCGCCUCUUUCAUCCCUCUACUCCUUCCUGCGCCAGAGCGUCAACGACGACGCACGAGCCCAGCGCGCCAAGUUCGUCCUCUACCAGACGCCGCCGCGCCGCGAGUUCGCCGAAAAGGACGCGAAGCUGCGCGGCAAGACGCUGCUGGAGCUCGGCUUUGCGCCGCAGGCGGUGCUGUGUGUCAAGUGGGAGAACGAGGCGUGGAACGCUUCGAGCGCAGAACCGCCGCUGCUGCCCGAGCUGCUCGCCAGCGCAGAAGAGCUGCCAGCGCCGCCGUCCUUUGCACAGACGCCGACUGCACCACCACAAGGCCAAACGCUUGGUGGGCCAGCGCCGCAGAGCGCAGAGGGCGAAAAGAAGGAAAAGAAGAUGCCGGCAUGGCUGGCAAAGGGCCUGAAAAAGUAGAGACACGAGAAUGUCACGCAUACCUGAGCGUCGCAGGUCAGGCCGACGCCAGAAGGAGAGAUGCAUUGGGUGAGCAUAGCGUAGGGACCAGUCGUGUCGAUCGUGCGUCGUAAAGGGUUGCAAGCGGGCGGCGGGUAUGAAAGAGGAA